AUGGCCAGCGCAUCUGGAGAUCUCUUUCCAUCCAUUUAUUCGGCCACUUCCAACAAGAAGUAUAUUGAGGAGGCAGUCAUUGUGGGACAGGAUUCUGAAUCAAACAAACUUGUGGAGUUGAUCAAUUCACAGCAGCACAAAAAUGUGUCUCGUUUAGGACUAGUUGGGAAGGGUGGGGCCGGUAAGACUCUGUUACUCAAACGAGUCUUCAACGGUGACCAGGUACAGAGUCUCUUCCGCAAUGAUUUGAUGCUUUGGCUUACUGUUUCACAGAAUCCAUCUUUCAAUACUCUCCGAGAUGAUCUUGUGAAACAAAUAACUGUUCAAGUAAAUGAAAGAUUGGACAGUAGAGAGGAAGAUCAUGUGAAAAAUUGGUUGAAUGAAUGCAUGAGAAAGCACAAAUUUGCCCUAUUUUUAGAUGAUAUUUGGGAAACAAGUGCAGCCUCGCUGUUAGAGGAGCUGUGUGUGCCUCAUUCUCCACACCACAAGUCUAACAUCAUCAUUGCCACAUCCAGAACUACUAACAGCGGUGGAAUUUUGCCGAUGAGCAUUGACCAAGAAAUAGCGAUUAGUGUCUGCAAGGAGUGUGGGGGCCUUCCGUUAGCCCUCAAAGUAAUUGGGAAGGCAAUGGUAAGCGUCACUCUGUCAAAUGAAUGGGAAUUGGCAGUCAAGAAGUUGCAGAAUGAUGUUACACGCUCUCUUUACGGCAGGUUAAGGCUAAGCUACGAUGCUUUGGCCGACGUGGCUGGCUAUGGCAUUUCCUUGCAGUUGUGCUUCCUCUGCCUUGCUGCUUUCUCAAAAGGUCAUGUAAUCUAUUCUAAUGAUGUGAUUGACUUCUGGAUUGGAGAAGGGUUGGUGGCCGAGAGAGAUCCUCUUCAAAUCGGAGACACAUACGUCAUUCUGUUAGCGGAUCAAUGCCUUAUCAAACCAAUCCAGAAGGAUUAUGAUGGAAAUGUAAUCUGCUUCAGGGUACAUGAUGUUCUGCAUGACUUAGCACAACAAAUUGCUGAGAAGGAAGAAAAAUGCUUCUUCCAGGCAAGCAAAGGCUUACAGGAGUUUCCUAUAGUCGAUUGUGCAGGACAUAUCAGAAUUUCUUUAGAAGACAACAGUUUGACUAGGGUUCCUAAAGAAUUCCGAGCUCCUUAUAUCCGCUUCCUGCUACUCUCUUCCAAUCCUUCUUUGAUGGAAAUUCCAACAGAAGUGAUUGGGAGUAUGACCGCUCUUAGGGUCCUGGAUUUGUCACGGACUGCCCUCCAGUCGUUGCCACAAAACAUGGGAUGUUUGAAGCGUUUAGUUUACCUCGGGUUAUCCUUUGUGGCACUCAAGAGAUUGCCCAGCUCUGUCACUGCUCUUAGAAACCUACAAAUAUUAGAUCUUUAUCGAUCUGAUAUUACACAACUCCCGUCCGGCUUUUCUAAGUUGACUUCUCUAAAACUGUUGGACGUUAGUUUCUGCAAACAUCUGCAGUGCAUGCCUUAUGGGAUCUCACGCCUUAUGUCCCUGGAGUACCUGGAUGCAUUUUCUUCUUCAAAUAUACAGUGGAACAAGUGCAGAAGGGAUCGACUUCCAAUUAGUGAUUUGUGCACCCUAAACAAACUCAAAAGGUUGGGGCUUCAUAAUAAUGGUGAGAUAAUUCAGGAAGGAAUGUUGGGAACCAUGAAGCAGGUGGAAUAUCUAUGUAUGCAUCUGACGGGUAUGGAAAGCCUACCACAAGACAUAAUUUCCAUGUCAAAAUUGAGAAAACUUUUAUUAACAUGUCCUCAGUUACUCCAGAUAGAAAAUCCAUUUUGUGAAUUUCAAAAUCUGGGUUAUCUUAGUUUGUUCGAUUGUGGCAUGUUGAAACAACUACCUAACUUGCACAAUCUUCCAAGUCUAAAGCACCUGCAUAUCGUUAAGUGCCCCAACAUUGAGAAGUUUCCAGAGGAAUUUGGCAAGCAGGGGGGAUUUCCUAAGUUGGAGGUAUUUUCAGUGGUGAAGCUGAGGAAGCUAGAGCAGCUGCCAAUAGUGGAAGAAGGAGCACUGCCUUCACUUAAAACAUUGACAAUAAUGAAGUGUGAGGCAUUGCAGAGGCUACCACAGUGUUAUUGGAAUUUGAAGAGUGUAGAGAAGAUAAGAGUGUAUGGUUGUUCAAAGGUUCUAUUUGUGAUGGCAGAGGAAGAAAACUUUAUCAAGACAAAGAUUAAGGUGCAAACAAUAACAUUAUCUAUGAUAGAAACUCAAACAUCAGAAGAGCGCUACCAUGAUAUUCUUCAGCAGAGUGAACAUUUUUAUUACGGUGAAUUUUGGUGUAGUGAGAUGUUUCAGCUUUUUGCUGGCAUUAAUCGAUUUUAUUUGUUUUGA